GCUGGGCUCGUUCUACAUCCCGACCCUGGUGAUGCUGUUCUUCUACUGGAGGAUCUACCACGCCGCUGUCUCCACCACCAAGGCCAUCAAUCGAGGCUUCCGCACGACCAAGGGCUCCAAGGGGAUCGGCUCGAGAUUCGACGACCAACGCCUCACCCUGAGGAUACACCGGGGCCGAUCGAGCGAGCACAACGGUGGUGGGGGUGGUGGUGGUAGCAACGGCAGUCCCCGCAGUAGCGACUGCACGAGCAGCACGACGACGAUGACGACGACGACGACGCGGAGCCCGUCGCGGCGCGAUCGCAUCAAAAUCUCGGUCUCGUAUCCCAGCACCGAGACGCUCAGCACAAAGUGCAACAACAUGCUCGAGAGGACGCCCUCCAAGUGCUCCCAGGUGUCGGUGCACUACGCGAACGGACAGACCCAGAGCCAGCUGUCCGCGUCCUCCAGAACUGCCUACUUGAAGGUCGGUGGAGUCAGCAGAGCUGGGAGCUCGAGGCGGCCGAGUCGGCGGGGCAGCUGCGAGAGCCAAGUGGCCGGGGACGCGCUCUCGCUCCGGGAGCUGACCUCGGGGACGACGACGCCCGGCAGCGGUGACGAGAAGCCCCGCGUCAUGAAGAUGGGCAAGCGAAACAUCAAGGCUCAGGUAAAACGCAUCCGGAUGGAGACAAAGGCCGCAAAGACGCUAGCGAUAAUAGUGGGCGGCUUCAUCCUCUGCUGGAUGCCAUUUUUCACGAUGUACCUGGUGCGAGCCUUCUGCCCGGACUGCAUCCACCCGACGGUGUUCAGCGUACUUUUUUGGCUGGGCUACUGCAACUCGGCCAUCAACCCUUGCAUCUACGCCCUCUUCAGCAAGGACUUUCGCUUCGCGUUCAAGAAGAUCAUCUGCAACUGUCUCUGCAAGCAGCGCGCGAAUACGCUGCGCAGGGGCAGCGACGGCAGCCAACUAGCCAUGAGGAGCGAACGGAGCCCCGGUCGAGCGGGACGCGGCCCGGCGCCGGGCCUUUCGAUCGAGGACUCCGACCCGGAGCACUGCGGCUCGGGCUCGGAUGCCGUCAACUACGGAUCCGGGGCAUCAGACCCAGCUGGGGGCAGCAGAUGACCAUAGCACGUCGGGCUCGGCGCGCAGUGCCUCGCCCUGAAUCUCCUGCAGAUGGUCGCGGCCCAACAGCCGGCGGCCGGCCAGCAGGAAAUUACCGACUGCAGCGACAAGACGCUGGAACACCUGACGGUGGAACAGCCCCGGGAGCGUCGGGUCUCGUUUGGAGGCGUCGUUACGUGCGACGACGACGACGAUGACAAAAACGAGCGACGCGAGCUCACUGUUGCCGCGGCCUCGGACGACGAGGGCGCUGUUGAGCGCAUUGAACUCGUGCGGCUCGACGGACCGGGGUACGGGGACGGUGGACCACCGGUGGUUAUCUUGAGCUGCAGUGACGGGGCACAGCGAGCCGAGCCUGAUGAUACCGAUGAUCGUGGCAACGACGGCGACGACAGCGCGAGCGAGUCCUCGUCGUGGCAAGAUACGACUGUUCCAGGCAAUCAUCCCGAAUCUCGAUCACUUGAGCAAAGCAAGAUUGUAACCUCAAAUCGAACGACAUAAAAUCAAACUCAGGUGAUCCAAUGGCAAAACGAUAAAUGUAAUAUUAAAAGCGAGAAAAAAAAUCGUUGUUCUAAACGUAUAUUUAAACGCAUGUAACCAAAGCACAAAUGUAUUAAUUAUACCGGAUGAUAAACAUAUACGUAUACGUAACAAAAAAAAAAAAAAAAAAAAAAAAACAUAAAUAUACCUAAGCAAACAAAUGUUGUGUAUGGAUUAAAGUUGUUACAUUGACGGGUUACUGAUUUUAUAAAUGUAUAUUAUUAACUGUUUGUCCGGUGAACUCGGAAAGUUGAAAAAAAUUUAAGUAUAAGUAACGAUAGUAAUAAUAAUAAUAAUGUGUAAGUAUUAAUUGUGCUAAUAAUAUAAAAGAUCAUAAAAAUAACAAUAUUAAUGAUGAUGAGAAGCAGCUGCUACGCGAUUAAUCGAUGUUACGAUGUUACACGUUCCGGUCUAUUGUAUACAAAGGAUGAUAACUUUUGUCCCUCGUGUACAGCGUUUAUUUUUUGCUAACGUUUUUGCUCAUUGGGCACGAAAAGCCUUUUUUUUUUUAA